GGAAAGCAGUCUCCUGUAGGCCGCUGUGCAGGCCCCCACAGCUGAUCAUAUUAUUUCAGCUGGUGUGCUGCACUCACCUUCAGUGUGCGCUCCACUAUGGACCGUAAAAGGGAUGACUGGCACAGGACAAGAAGAGAAAGGAAAACCUACAUGCCACAGAAUGACGGAUGACAGGAGUACUAUGCUGCGCAUCCUUGAGCAGCCUGAGAUGCGAAGAGAAGUGGAGAGACUUCGAACUUUUCAGAACUGGCCAGCAGAUGCACCUGUCACAUCUGGAGACCUGGCCAAGGCGGGUUUCUUUUUUCUAGGCCCCGGGGAUAAAGUCCAAUGUUUCUGCUGUGGAGGGAUUUUAAGAUGUUGGGUACACGGGGACAGCCCGGCCACCGAGCACAAGAGGCAUUUUCCCACUUGCAGUUUCAUACUUGGUCGAGCUGUGGGAAAUAUUCCACUCCAAGUCGGAUCCUCCGACUCUGUGGACGGCCAGCUGUUGAGUCAACUCCAGAGGAUGACUAUGGAUGAGCAGGGGACAGCUGGACAAGCGGUCUACCCAGAGAUGGAGGCUGAGGAUUCCCGGCUCACCACUUUCCACAACUGGCCCACCGAGGCCUCAGUCCAGCCAGAUGUUCUUGUCAGAGCAGGAUUUUUCUACACAGGUCAUGGUGACAAUGUCAAAUGCUUCCACUGUGAUGGAGGGCUGAGGAACUGGGAGCCAGGAGACGACCCCUGGCAGGAACAUGCCAAGUGGUUUCCACGAUGUGAGUUUUUAAUCCAGGCGAGAGGGCAGGAGUACAUCAGCAACAUACAAGAUGCUCAUUUCCAUCUGGGUGACACUGUGGGUGGAUCACAGACCCCCACAGGCAGAGAUAUCGGAUCCAGAAAUGAUAUGGUCGGAGGUCUGGGAGCUUCCUCGGCCAUGCUUUCUCCGGUCGUGCAGACUGUGCUGCAGAUGGGAUUUGAAGCCAGCCUGGUGGAGAGUCUGGUUCAGACCAAGUACCUUUUGACAGGUCAGCACUACACUUCUGUGUCUGACCUGGUCACUGACGUACUCCAGGCGGAGCAGGAGGACAGACAGAGGGGGCCACAGAGCAGAGAGCCAGAGACGAGGCAGGGCUCCAGUGCUGGAAAUGUGAGGACACAAACACCCAUCAGAGAGAAAGUGAAGGACCCCAGCCCAGAGGAGCUGCUGAGGCAGCUGCAGGAGGAAAGGACCUGUAAGGUGUGCAUGGACAAACUGGUGUCCAUCGUCUUCAUCCCCUGUGGCCAUUUGGUGGUGUGUGGUGAUUGCGCUGCCAGCCUGCGUCACUGCCCCAUCUGCAGAGCUGUUAUUAGGGGCAGUGUUCGUGCAUUCAUGUCCUAAGGCUGUAGUGAGGAUCCACUGUUAUACAAGUGUUGCAUGAGUGGCCUUGAGUUUUCCCCUGUACUCAUUUUACCUUGUACUGAUACUAAAUAAAGAUGAUUGCUGGUUGGUUGAGAUCAUUUUUCUAUAAUAAACAUUUUAAGCUGUUCAAAA